AUGAGCGAGCCCGUGCCCAAGCAGCCGGACGAAGAGCGCGUCAACCUGUACGAGAUCCUGGGCGUCGAGAAGAUGGCGAGCGAGCUGGAGAUCAAGACGGCGUACCGGAAGCUGGCGCUCAAGUACCACCCCGACCGCAACGCCGGCUCGAUCGAAGCUGCAGACAAGUUCAAGCAGGCCAGCGCUGCUUACGCCGUGCUCAGUGACCCGAACAAGCGUCGGCAGUACGACGUGGCGGGCGAGGGCGGCAAGGACAUGGCGUUUGAGAGCGUGGACGUGGAAGCCAUGGGCGGCUUUGGGCGCGUCGUGGGCGCGCUGUUCACGAAGAUCGGCAUGCCCAUCCCCACGCAGAUCUCGCAGACGGUCCUGUCGGGGGCCAGGGAUCUCUGUGACGCGCGCAACAACUCGACGCAGUUGCCGUCGGUCACGCAGAUGGUCUUUGGCAUGGAACGCCAUGCGAAAGUGGACAAGCAGGACGCGCACUUUUACAAGCUCCACGUGGACAAGGACCGCGAGUCGGUCGUUUUCAUGUGUCGCUCGGCGAGCAAGAGCAAGUUUAAGCUCGUGCUUUUUGACCAGCACGGCGCCGUGCGGAUGGUGCAGGAGUCGAGCAAGAAGUCGCGGUGCACGGCUGCUGACAUGUACUUGUCGAGCAACGUCGAGCUCAUGGACUUGAACCCGGAACUGUGGCCAGGAGCUACGACCGACUCGGAACUGCCGGAGAUUUUCAGCAAAUUGACGAUGUUUGAAGUGCGACGCACGGUGCCGCUGGAAAAGGGCGAGCACUUGUUUUGCGUCUAUGGGGACAACUGGCUGUCGGCCGUCAAGUACUCGAUCAAGUGUUUGAAGAUUGACGAGCAGUCGCCAGCGCUGCGUACGAUUCAGCAGACGGAGCGUGAACUUGUGGGGAUCAAGCAUGAUCUGGACGCACUGCAGCGGGAGUACGUGGCUGCCAAGACGGCGUUUGAAAAAGUUUGCGCACGGGUGGAAGCCAAGCAGAUGCGCACGGAAGAGCUGCUGCAGGACCGUGAGCAGUCGUACGAGGCGUUUCUGGCUGGUUGUGACCCAAACCAUGCGGCCGGCGUGUUUGACGAAGCAAGGGGUUCAAACACGUCGCAGAAUGGACAGAAGGGAGGACCGCUGAAUGAGGCUGCGAGUCCCGCUGGCGGUAUCCGCAAUAUAUUUGGUGGCUUCCAGAACCGCUUCUUUGCAGGUAAGGAGCGCACAGGCUCGAUGGACACUUCUACGAAUGCGACAUAG